AUGGUAUGGUUUAAUCUCGUGCUGAGCAACAGCGACGGCGAAGAGUCGACAUCGGGCUCGGGCACGGACUCGAGCCCCACAUCUACCACUACGGUCACACGCACACUCACCUCAACCACCACCAGGUACUACGAUAUGGUUGUCACGCUGGAAAAGCGGGCCACCGCAACGCCUGCUGCCGACCAUAUGGCUGUCACUAGUAACACCAGCAGCGCCAGCAGCUCCGCGCUGGACCACCGCCUUGUCGCCGCUAUUGUCAUUCCGCUGGCGACCAUUGCUAUUGUUUGCGUAAGCAUGCUCCUUUCACGGCACCUCAGACACAAACGCAACCGUGAGCAACAACGGCUCCAACACACUAACAAGAACGAGAAGGCCUGUGUCCAGACCGUGCCAGCAGUCUACCGCCACCCGCGUCACCCGCACCAGCCACCUCCGACUCUUGCACCAGCCACACUGAACCCGCCACCGCCACCGCCACCGGCGACGCCACUCGCUCUCGCGUUUCAGCUUCUCUUCGCCCCGUCUCCUAGCACCGCCACCUCGUUUUCCUCGCUAGCCAGCAGUCCGGUGAACAGUCCGGUGAGCAGUCCGGCCACAGUCCACGCCGCUGUCGCUGCAGCGUGGGCGUACAAGCCACUAUUCAGUCUUCCAACGGCGGCAGAGCUCGACUGCAAGAAGACGGCGGCUUCCAACCAGUUUAGCCACCAUCAGCACAUGUAA